AUGAGGACGAGGUUAGCGACAUGGACGAGGCUACUGUGCCUGGCCCUGUCCAUAACAGCAGUCACUGCCAAGAAGGACGCGCCGAGUAUCGAGCCCACACGCUUCAAGUCGCUGCCUGCCAACAUCUUCUAUUUCGACGAUAGCGACACUAUGCUAGUCACGGAUGUGAAGCCUGGAAUUGUAUAUCGCUCCACCGACGCUGGCGUAGAAUGGAAAGCGAUCAAGGAGAUUGGCGAAGGACAGAUUGAUACAGUCUAUGCUCACCCUUUCGACCCCGAGGCAGCCAUUGCCAUUGGACAGGACAAGACACACUGGAUCACCAGAGAUAGAGGAGACUCCUGGACCGAGUUCAAAACCAAGUAUGAGGUUGCUCGUGGACGUGCUUUGAGUUUCCACGCAGAUGACCCGGACCGCAUCAUCAUCAGCACUGUAGAUUGCCAUGGUUCCAUCUGGGGCGACUGCACUCCCAAGGCAUACUACACCCUCAACGGCUUCAAGGACAUCGAACUAUUGCAUGACAAGGCCGUAACAUGUCUCUGGGCAAGAUCCACCGACCUCUUCACCACCGGCGACAACAAGCUGGACAAAGAUCAGGUCCUCUGUGCUGUGGAAGGCAAAUACUCGACAUGGCAAAAGGACAACCGACUCCUGAUUUCUAACGACUUCUUCGACGAGUCAGAGGUCGAACCCACCAUGUACGAGGGUCGCACUGUCCCCGGUGUUGUCAAUGUCGCUGCUGUAAAAGGCUACAUCGCUGUUGCUGCAAAAUCUGAAGGGACAUCCGAGUUGGCCAUGUACAUCACCGACGAUGCGCAGACAUGGCAUCGCGCCGAAUUCGGCACCCACAAACUCGAAGAGAAUGCCUACACCUUGCUCGAAUCCACAAACUACAGCAUCCAGGUCGAUCUCAUGGCUUCUGACAUGUCCGCUCCCAUGGGCGCCUUGUUCACUAGUAACUCUAACGGUACUUACUUCACAAAGAACAUCGACCACACUAAUCGCAACAUCCAAGGCUACGUGGACUUUGAGAAGAUUCAAAACAUUCAAGGUAUUGUGCUCGUGAAUGUUGUCGAUAAUUGGGAAGAGAUGGAAAAGGAUUUCUCUGCUAUCAAAAAGGUCAAAUCAAAGAUCAGUUUCGAUGAUGGAAGAGAUUGGCACGAGCUGAAGGUCAACCAAGAGGAGCUACAUCUCCACUCGGUUACUGGUCAGCGUAAUAUCGGACGCGUCUUUAGCAGCCCUGCUCCCGGUAUCGUUAUGGGUGUUGGAAACACCGGCAAGUUCCUCAAGACUUUCGAAGAAGGCGACACUUUUGUCUCUGACGAUGCUGGUCUUACCUGGCGACUUGCCCUGGAGGGUCCUCAUCUUUAUGAGAUGGGCGAUCAAGGUGCUAUCCUUGUUGCGGUCGAAGAUACCGACACCAAGGAGAUCAAGUGGAGUAUCGACCACGGAAAAAAGUGGGAGACCUACAAGCUCGAUGACAAGGUCAGACCUAUCGUUCUCUUGACUGUGCCCGAUUCUACCAGCCUCAAGUUCAUUCUUGUGGCUUCUAGAGGCAGUGGCUCCAAGCUCGAGUAUUUCACGUACUCGCUCGACUUCAAUGAGCUACACGAAGACAAGUGCAAAGAGUCCGACUUCGAGAAGUGGGCUGCACGUGUUGACGGAGAUGGCAAGCCUAGCUGUAUCAUGGGCCACAAGCAAUUCUUCCGCCGCCGCAAGGCCGACGCCGACUGUUUCGUUGACAACGAAUUCAAGGACCCGCAGCCAGAGUAUGAGAACUGUAAGUGCACUGAUGCCGACUACGAAUGCGACUACAACUUCGAGAAAUCCGAAGAUGGCAAGACUUGUGUCCCUGCCGGACCUCUCAAAGCUCCCGCCGAUGCCUGCAAGGAGGGCGAUGACGAGUUCGAGGGUAGCUCUGGCUACCGUCUGAUUCCAGGCAACACUUGCGACAAGAAAGAUGGUGUUGUCAAAGACAAGCCUCUCAAGCGACCUUGCAAAGAAACCACCAAGCAGCCAGCAUCCGGAAAGAUUUCCACUGAGAUCAAGAAGUUCAAGGGCGCCAAGUUUGCCGAGUACUACUACCUCGAAAGAGCUGCUUCCGCUUCCGGCAACGAUGAGACAAUCAUCAUGCGAACUGACAGGCGAGAGGUGUUCAUCUCACACGAUGGUGGUAAGACUUGGGAUGCAGUACUUCCCGACGAGGAAAUUGUUUCAGUCUACCCUCAUCAGUACAAUCAGGAUACUGUUUACUUGAUCACACCCUCGAAGAAGGUGUUCUACUCGGAGAAUCGCGGAAAGAAUUUUCAUCAUUUCGAGGCGCCAGAAGAACCCAACCAGGACCGAGUCCAGAUUUUGACAUUCCACCCUACCCAGAAAGACUGGCUCAUCUGGACGGGAGGCAAGGAUUGCAAGGGCUUCGGCGAAGAUUGUCACUCGGUUGCUCACGUUACGAAGAAGGGUGGUGAUGACUGGUCUACCUUGCUUCGCUUUGUUCGCAAGUGUCAAUUCGUCGCUAGAGAAGAUCGCAGCGGCAGCGAUAGCAUGAUCUUCUGUGAGCAGUAUCAAGAUGAAGACCCGGCCAAGCCACUGCAGUUGAUCUCUAGUGAUGACUGGUACGAACACAAAACGGUCCAUUUCGAAGAUGUCAUCAGCUUUGCCACCAUGUCUGAGUUCAUGGUGGUUGCCCUCAGAGACAAGGACGAGAAGACUCUCCGUGUCGAUACUAGUAUCGAUGGCCAGACUUUUGCCAACGCUAAAUUCCCAAAGAACUUCCAAGUCCCUCACCAACAAGCUUACACUGUCCUUGACAGCUCGACCCAUGCAAUCUUCUUACAUGUCACCGUCAACAACAGAGAAGGUCAGGAGUACGGCUCGAUUGUCAAGUCGAACAGCAACGGUACUUCAUACGUUCUGAGUAUCGGAGCAGUCAACCGCAACACACCAGGAUAUGUCGACUUCGAGAAGAUGCAAGGACUAGAGGGUGUCGCCGUCGUCAACACUGUCUCAAACAUUGAAGAAGUCGACGGCGGUGCUCACAAGAAGCUAAAAACCAUGAUCACUCACAAUGACGGUGCUGAAUGGGGCCUCAUUUCCCCUCCUACGAAAGACUCUGACAACAAAGACAUUGAGUGCAACGGCGAUCUCGAGAAGUGCUCUCUCCAUCUUCAUGGGUACACCGAACGUAAGGAUCCUCGCGACACCUAUUCUUCACCAUCCGCCGUUGGCCUGAUGAUGGCUGUGGGUAACGUCGGACCUAAUCUUGGUCCUUACAAAGAAGGCAACACUUUCAUCACGCGUGAUGGUGGUGUUGAGUGGGAAGAGGUCUUCAAAGGUACAUACAUGUGGGAGUACGGUGACCAAGGCUCUAUCAUUGUCAUCGUGCAAGAAGGAACACCUGUCGACACUGUCUUCUAUACCACCAAUGAAGGCCAAAAGUGGACUGCGCACAAGUUCACCGAUGAAAAAGUCCUUGUCGAUCACAUUUCUACUGUCCCCUCAGACACAUCCCGCAAUUUCAUUCUCUGGGGCAAAGACGGAGGCUCCUCUGGUGGCCUUGUCACAGUCAAUCUCGACUUUACCGGCCUCACAGACCGUCAAUGUAAGCUUGACGAAGAUGCUCCCGAAGCUUCGGACAGCGACUACUAUCUCUGGGAGCCCAAGCACCCUCUCUCAGACUCCAACUGUCUAUUUGGACACAUUGCUCAGUAUCACCGCAAGAAGGCCGACAAGGAGUGCUACAACGGUCCUGUCAUCGAGCGUCUGCACGCCAUUUCUCAGAACUGCUCCUGCACACGUCAAGACUACGAGUGUGACUAUAACUACGAGCGUAAAAAUGAUGGCUCGUGCGCUCUCGUGCCUGGACUUGAACCCAUCAACCAUCUCGAAUACUGCGCUGCAAACCCUGACCUUGAGGAGUACUACGAACCCACGGGCUACCGCCGCAUUCCUCUCACGACCUGUGACGGCGGCAAAGAGUUUGACAAGACCUCUGAGGUCUACCCUUGCCCCAACCACGAGAAGCAGUUUGAGAAGAAACAUGGCAUUUCCGGUAUUGGUCUCUUCUUCGCCAUUGUCAUUCCUAUCGCUGCGGCUGCAGGAGUUGGAUUCUGGGUUUACCGCAACUUCGAUGGUCAAUUCGGCCGCAUACAACUCGGUGACACUGGUAUCAUGGGCAACGGCAACGGCGCUUUUGAUUCUGAACAGCCAUGGAUCAAGUAUCCAGUCGCCGCACUGUCGGCUAUGGUAGCCCUCCUCGCUGCUGUGCCUAUGGUCGUUGGUGGACUCUUCCGUAUGGCAAGUUCGAGAUUUGGCGGUGGUGGCUCAGGUGGAGGAUACUCGAGACCUUAUACCAGCCGCAGCAGUUUCUCGAGAGGCAGAGGUGAUUAUUCACAUGUUGAUGCUGAUGAGGGUGAACUGCUAGGCGAUGAGAGCGAUGAGGAGGUGUAG